AUGAGAAAAGAGCAGACCGCCGAUCGACUGCUUGCCGCACUGCUGAGGCAGCUUGCUGAAGGGAGAGAUCAUCUCCAUGACGCCAUCACAACUCUGGACGAGGAAUGUAAAAGGCGGAAAAGGCCAAAUACUGAACAACUAAGGAAGGCCCAUUUCUCCUUGGUCAAGAGCCACGGCAAUAUUUUCAUUGUUGUAGACGGUCUCGACGAGUGCUCAGACUGGGCCCACGACAUACGUCCAAGGUUUCUUGGAACGCUGCGGGACCUUCAGAAAAUUGCCACCGUAAAGCUUUUUACCACGUCAAGAGAUAUUCCAAUCAUCCAGGAGGACUUUGACAAUCAUGCAAGGCUCGAAAUUUCCGCGCGAAAGGACGACGUCUUUAAAUACCUGCAAGGUCGACAAGAUCUCACCCGGGUAAUGCUAAUGAACGAGGCCCUGCAGCUUCAGAUCUCUCAGGAUAUCUCCGAAGCAGCUGACGGAAUGUUUCUUCUUGCUCAACUCUACUUUGACGCGCUCAAGUCCAAGAAGACUGUGGCGGACGUCAAGAAUGCCUUACGGGGGUUCAUUCAGGGGCCCAGAGACCUCAGAGCACUUAAUGCUGCAUACCAGGCGGCCAUCCAACGAAUCGAUAGCCAGGAAGAGGAGGACGACCGUGAAUGGGCACAUGAAGUCUUGCGUUGGGUGGCAAAUGCGGGAAGAGCUCUGAGCCUGAACGAGCUCAACACAGCCCUCGCAAUCAGACCCGGUGACUGUCGGCUCAACGAGGAGAACCUCACGCCAGAUUGCUGCGCUGAGGUCAUCUCACUUUGCGCUGGACUGGUCUCGAUCAACAGCGGCAGCAACACCGUCCAGCUGGUUCAUCUUACAGCAAAAGAAUAUCUCGACAUCGACUCCCCGGGCUGGAUGGCUUGCGCUCCAAUGAAGAUGUCCCUCGCUUGCCUGACCUAUCUUACAUUUGACGACUUCGCAUGUGCAAGGCCAAAUUCGGAUCAAGCGUUCGAGGAACGGAUAGACCACCAUGAAUUUCUCCAGUACGCUUCCAGUUAUUGGGGACACCAUGCACGGCACAGUCAGCCUGCACUGCUGCAAGAUUGCAAUGCAGCGCUUUGGAAGUUCCUACAAAGCCGAUAUUUCACGGCUACAGCCAGCCAAGCAGGGAAUGCCGUGGGCUACUGGAAUGGAUACAGCCAGGAGCCCGCACAUUGGCUCUGGUCUCACACGCUGGCAUUCUUCGGACUGGGGGAAAUUCUGAAUUGCAUUCUGACCACGCACAUGGGGCCCCACUUCAGAGAUGUUGACGUUGACUUUGAGGACGAAAGCUGCAUCAUGACCCCUCUCGCCUUGGCCUGUAGUCAGGGCCAUGUUAUCGUCGUCGAUGCCCUUCUUGAUCUUGGGCUUGAAAACGUACGUCUUGACUCUGGACUACCCUUCGGUUACCCGACACCUCUCGGACACGCGGUCAAUAACGGACACAGAGCCGUGGUGGAGCGGUUCAUUGCCCUUGGGCCUAGCGUGGUGGAUUUCAACACCAGCACUCAUUGCCGCCGGCGACCCCUACUCACCGUAGCCGCGAAGAAUGGGUUUCAUGACUUGGUAGACUCAAUGGUUUGCCUGGGUCCAGGAGGGAUCGACGUGGACACGACGAGAGAUAUCAACAGACGCUCACCUCUGUCAUACGCUGCACAGAAUGGGCACCUCAGGACUGCCGAAUACUUGAUCAACCUCGGUCCAAGCAUGGUGAAACCCGAUCGAAAGGACAAAUUCGGGGACACACCACUCACAUUGGCAGCAGCAGGUGGGCGCGCUGACGUAGUGAAAUUGCUGAUGAAUCUGGGACCGGAACAAGUCAAUUCCAACCGCACGAACCGCUCCGGCCGAACAGCGCUGCAAGAAGCCGUGAUCAAAGACCGCUUAAGUGUAGUCACCACCCUUCUGGCAUUCCCACAGGAUAGAGUCGACGUCAACAUCUCCACAGAGACAUUCACCCAGACAGCUCUGGGAUGCGCAGCAGAAAAAGGCUUCGAAGCCAUCGUCGGAGCUUUUAUAAGCCUUGGUGAGGGCAGAGUUGACUUCAAUGCGAGGGGCUGGCGCGGCAUGACGCCGCUCUUGUGGGCGGCAAGAGAAGGGCAUGUAGGCAUCGUCAAGCUGCUUACAGACCUGAAGCCGGAACUUGUAAAUGCAAACUUGGUUGAUGUUAAUGGCUACACUGCCGCGAUAUGGGCCGUGGUAAACGAGCACUACCAGACGGCAAAAUUACUAGUCGGGCUUGGCGAAGAGCGUGUGGAUACUAGCAUUUCUGAUACCCGGGACUUUAAAGUGUCUGACUAUGCAUCCCGCCGGCGGAGAGAGUUUACGGAUUUAUUCUCGUAG